GGCCUUCCACUUCGAUCGGCAGACCUUCGAUAAGAGGCAGGGACUGCGUGGACGCAGCACUACGGCGUAUCACACACACACACACACACACACACACACGCAAGCAAACACGCCUCCCUUCCCAUCAUGCCGUCUUCGCCAACGCAAGCACAAAUCAAAGUCGGCAAGGCCAAGGCGUUUGUCAAGAGAGUGGCCGAUGUCGUUGUCGCUGCUGGUGGCCUUGUUGAUGCUCAGGUGAUUACGGCCUCGGGCGACGCUCUGGCGGAGUAUGUGCAGUCACCCACCAGGGAUGCGCUCAACGCAGUAGUGGCUGCAGAGCGGCGCAAGGCCGAGCAAUUGGUGGCUGCGCCAGAGGCGUCGCAUCUUACUGCAGCCGUCAUCACGCCGCCGCCUGAGCUGUGGGAGCCAAUCAACGCCAUCCGCGCUGAGCUCGAGCCAAGGCAUGUCGACAUCUGGCCGCCGCACAUCACGCUCUUCUAUCCGUUCUGGCCCGUCUCAAGCUGGUCCAAUGCCAUCGAUCCGCUCGCCGCUGCUCUCGCGGGCAUGGAUCCGUUCACCGUUGUUCUGUCCGAGUUCGGAACGUUUUCCCAAGGCCGACGCGGCAAGCUGACGUACCUCAAGCCCGAUGAUGACUCGACUGUGUCGCUGCGGGCGCUACGGACCAGCAUGCGCGAUGAUAUCUUCCCCGAUCUCAGGGCCCGGUUCUCGCAGCCGCACAUGACGGUCGGCCGCGGUCAGCACGAGGAACAAGCCAGUCGGCUACAGGGCGACUGGCAGCCGAUCGCUUUUGAGGCUCAAAGUGUGACCCUGCUCGCGCGCCCGAUCAUGGGCGAGCCGCUCGAGGUGCUCGCCGAGCUCCCCAUCGGGCCGGGCGGAUCGGUCUCUCGCGCAGCGCUCGACGCACAUCUCGAUGCCUCUGCGAGCACGAGCAGCGACGCUGCGGUGCACUCACUGCAAAAUCAAACUGCAGGCUCUGAUGCAAUGGCUGCGCUUGCGACAUGGGCAGAACGCGCCUCGAUCCCGCUUGAUGUCAUGGAUGUGGUGUGGGCCGAGGUCGAUGCCGCUCUGCCGCGUCUUGCUGGUGAUGCCGCGGCCACCGCUAGCGAUAGCUCUGCCUAAAAGCCACACCGCUCCCUCCCA